AUGGCCGACUUGAAGGCCCAGGCUACUUUUGGCGAUACCACAGAACCUUCCCGCAAAAUACCAUUCGUGGAGAAACAAAGGAGGUUGACCGAGCAAGAGGGUCGCAUCACAGGCUUCAGCCACAGAAACGAACAGCAACCAUCACACGCGUUGAUAGAUGCUUGUUUUACAAUCGUCGAGACGGGGGCGCUGAUUUAUUUGCCACCUUCUAAGUGCGGGUCUCGUGAUGCAGAAAUCCAUACGGACUCCAAGAACAAGCAGAAGCAGAUCCUGACUUUGGAGCAAGGUGGACGUUGGCACGGAACUGAAGCUCAUGUUUGCCUUCCAAAGGAGGGCCUCGCCUUCGGCUUGGUGAACCUGGUCAGCUGGGACGUUCAUACGGCAUGGACGAACAAGUUAUACAGAGCUUUGAUGUCCGAGCCGCCUCCAGGUUUUGGACAUGUAUCACUCACACAGAUACUACGGGCUGAUCAAGAGCUCUUCACCGUGCUAGCUGCCGAGUUUCAGCAGCCGUUGAAAGCGUCAGCGGUAGGAGCCAAACCUCCGUUGGAUGACGAGAUCAAGAAGUUCAUGAUGGAUCCACGUAGCAAUGUUUUCCUUGCACCGUUGCCCAAGUCGGAACACAAAUCGUCGAUUGAUCCCGCUAUCAAGAACAAGUUCGAGAAGAAACCUUUGCAGCCAAAGUUGGAUGGCAACAAGGCCUCACCGCAAAUACCAGCCGAGUUGCAGGGCUUACAUCUCAAGACCAAGGACAACAAGCCUUUGUGCUGGCACAAGAACUUGCAGAAGGGGCAUCUAUUUUCCCAAGAGGCUGAGGAGACUGAUAUGUCCGACCCAGUUGGGCAUCCCACAGAGGACAAUGGAAGGGCAACCAUCCAUAACAGUGCAUUGGUCCUGGAAAUUUUCGCAGGAUCUUGCCGCUUAUCCAGAACCUGUCGUGAUAUUGGGUUCCGGGCCACAGCAGUCGAAAAGGACAAGCAGCGUGCUGAGAAUUUUUCAAUUUUUGCUUGCGAUGUCACAAAGCAAGAAGAUGCCAAACAAUUGAUGGAUUACACUGAGGCAGAAAGGUACCGGGUCUGCCUGUGGGACUGCCUGCAACAGAACGCAUUGCAAGCUGGUGACAUCUCUAAAAGCUCCUUGGUCGGCGACAAGCAUCACGUGGGCCUGGUGGCGCUCUUUGAGCUGAAGAAGAAGGUGUUUGACCACUUCUUUGACAUUCUGCUGCCCAAGGGCGGGAUGCCAGAACCAGAUCGCCAGCUUCUGAAAGAGAAGACCUCCAAGCACGACGUGUACAGGGCCAACUCUGGCGACGGUGACUGCUCCUGGAUGGCGCGCUUGAACAAAUCGACCAUUGAAACGUUCCACCUGCUGGAGGCGCGGCGCUUGUUUUAUUUUUUUAAUUGGGUUGUGUUUUGUCGAUGA